AUGGAAAAUUUUACGGAUUCUGUAUCGGGUCGAAGAAGUUUGGGUUUGGUUUCGGGUAAACCGAAACAUCUCUGGCAUAAAGAAUUAUUUUCAAAUUUUUUUCAGCCAGUUAUUGGACUUUCUACAGCUAUUGUUUUUACUGCUCCAUGUCAACACAUCUCUGAUUUAUCUGUUCAUGUACACGGGCCAAGCGGCGACUUGAAACAUGAUGUAAAGAUGGAGCAACUUGAAAAAGAAAAAUUCCGCGUUAGCUUUGUUCCGCAUCAGAGCGGUCUGCACACAAUUGAAUUGAGAAAUCAAAACGGAGAAAUUUAUGAUUUUGAUUUCGAUGUCAUUACUUUAAAUGGAGAGGAAGACUGCGUUCCCGUGAGUGAAGAUGAAGAAUAUGAAAGUAUUUCAAUUGAACAACAACCUUCAUUAACCUUCACUCUUUCACCAUUUAAAGGUUUUUUUUUAAUUUUGACUCUGGGGUGUUUUAUGGAUAUAUCACCCCCUUAUUUUAAGUCUUAG